AGCCACAGAUGGCGAAUCAUUUGUGAACCAGGAGCAGAAGAAAACUCCCUUGGGGUCUGUCACCCCUUUGGUCAGUGCUUAUCCAGCAAAGGGAAUACGGCUGGUAGCUGAGUGAGGAAAGGUUGUCCCUGGCAAGGUUUGCUCUGUUUUAAUUUUUUUAAAGGAGACGUCACUGGAUUUGCUGAUCAGCAGAAACUGUUGCAAAGCAUGGCAAGUGGGAGCUGGAGGAGGUGAAAUUGUGUGUGCUGCUGAUUGCACAGGAACUGGAUUGGGAAACAGUACUGCUGUUGUUGCUGCAGUGAGCUGAGAAUCAGAUGGUUACCUGCUCACUUGCUCACCGGAGGAUUUCACGUGCUCUGAGGGUCCAGAAUUGCUUCUUAGAUGACUGUCGACAACAGCAUGAGUAGUGGCUACUGUAGUUUGGAUGACGACUCGGAGGACUGUUUUUUCACAGCCAAGACUACCUUCUUUAGGAGUCCCCAGAACAAAUUUACUGCAAAGAAUGCAACAAAAACAGUGGAAGAGGAGAAACCUAAAGCUCCAACCAUAGAAGAACUGAAAGUGAAGAUUGAGAACUACAAUUCAAAAGUCAACAACUGUUUGCUGAUGAAGCUGAAUGAGGAUGGCACUUACACAGGUUUCAUCAAAGUACACCUGAAACUGCGCCGGCCUGUGACCGUCCCAGCAGGGAUCAGGCCACAGUCUAUCUAUGAUGCUCUCAAGGAAGUCAACCUGGCCAACAUGACAGAGAAGAGGACCUCAUUCUAUCUGCCACUGGAUGCCAUCAAACAGUUGCAUAUCAGCAGCACUACCACUGUGAGUGAGGUGAUCCAGGGACUUCUGAAGAAAUUCAUGGUGGUUGACAACCCACAGAAAUUUGCACUUUUUAAACAGAUGCAAAAAGAUGGUCAAGUUCUUUUGCAGAAGCUCCCAGUAACAGAGUAUCCUCUGUACCUUCGACUGCUUGCGGGCCCUGACACGGAUAUUCUAAGUUUUGUGUUGAAGGAAAACGAAACAGGGGAAGUCGAGUGGGAUGACUUCUCUAUUCCAGAGUUACAGAACUUCCUGGUGAUAUUAGAAAGAGAAGAAAAAGACAAAAUCCAGCAGGUGCAGAAAAAAUAUGACAAGUUUAAGCAGAGACUGCAGGAAGCCUUGAAAGAAGCAAAUAUGAAGCCCGGAUAACUAAUCCAGCAGUACGGCUAAUGAUAAACUGAAAUUUAAAUUACAUAUAUAAACCACAAAAAAAUUUAAAACCACAAAAACAAAACCCAACCAAGACUUUUUUUCUCAGGACACUUUUUUUAUUGGUUGCAGUCCAAGGUAUGAUUAGAACUGGUUAUUACUGUAUGGGGAACUGAUCUCCCAGUCCACUGCCCCUCCAAAACCCAAAAAGAAAUGCUGCCUCUCCAUCCGGCAUGAUCCUCCUGAAUGCCACCAACCAGGGAACUGUUGGCAGUACUGAAUGUCCAAGGAACUGUGUUGCUUAAAGUAUACUUAUUAAGAGAGACAGUUGGCCAUCUCCCUUCUCCUGCCAUCCCAGUACCUCACCUGCUCGACCUCUAUGUGCUUGUAUGUACGCAUGUGAGUGCGUGCAUGUUUGUACAGCAGAAGUGUGAUGAAUGUGCUCCCUAUCACACAACCUGUUGGAAGUCCCACAUCAGUAAGCGGAGGAUUGCUUUGUUCUGGGCAGACACCAUACAAGACGUCAAAGAGGCUGUUGCGUGAUGUGAACAAACCAGAUGCCAAGAAUGCUGUUAAAUAUAGCAGGUCUUGUGAGGAGCUUUUGAGCAUUUUUUUAUUUUGAGCAAGAGUUCUGUCUUUUCUCAGGGGGAAAGUUGGCUUUGUUGCUGCUGCUGCUGUUGUGUUCUGGUAACUCAGGAGGGUUGUUGUCCUGGGCCUAAUAUUUCCAGCAUAGCCCCACUUUUUGGACAGUUUCUUUCCAUGCUGUAAGUCAUGGCCUUCUCCAUCUGGCAUCCUCUAGAUGUGUUGGACUGCAACUCCCAUAAUGCCCAGCAGGCAUGGCCACAUCUGGAAGGUGUGCGCGACAUUGGGGAAGGCUGCCAGAAGCACUGGAACCAGGGUUGAGUGGUGAGCUGUCUUUGGCACUUGUCCCUUAAGCACUAAACGUUAAAAAGUCAGUCACUCUUUGGUCUGAGACGUAUGCCAAGACCCCAAGGGGGAAGAGUAAUCUUGGGCCAUUCCUGUUUUUGGCACAUGUGCACCAAAUAUGAGCCUCAAACCUGCAGCUACUGUUUAGUUCUAUGGGUUCCUUCCUGCUGUUGAGUUUUUAACCUGCUGGCUACACACACAGAUUUGAAAGUGGUUGCAAGGUGCACCCUUUUUGUCUAAAUUCCACAAUGGCAAGGUUCGCCUUACAUGAGUAAGUUCUGAGCUGCUUCUCUUCGUAGUGAAGUGACUGGACACCUGGGCAAGUCAUGAAUUGUAAGAAGGCUUCUAGCAUGCCUCCUCUGUCUUUGGUAGUGAUAUGAGAAUUGGUAGUGAUAUGAGAUAUGAGACACUGGAGAAUUAAGAAGUAGUAUGUGACAAUAGAGUUGGUAUGAUGAGAAAUGGGCAGAGGAACUCUGGUGUCCAACUGUGCAGGUAAUUAUUUUGAUCUCUGGUUGUCCUGGACAGAAUUCGUUGCUUGUAAAGCUAGUCACCUUAACUUGGGAGAAGACUUAGGUGACCUGUAGGAAUAGCUGCAGCUGCUAUAUGAGAACUGCUUUUCUGUGAGCAGAUUCCAUGCAGCUGGAGUGGAGAAGGACUCGGUGGGAGAGAGUGCUGCUUCUGGGCCUGCACAGGAUGCAGACCUGUAGCUGCACUGUGGAUACACCUGAAGACUGCACCUGAUGUUUCCAAGAAAGUGGAUACAUCUUGCAAGCAAGAAUAGUAGAACAGGAGACAAUCUUAUUUGCCUGCUUAUCUAGAACUAAGCUGGUGGCUGUGCGAGACAAAGGAAUGGGUCUCUUUUUCCUGCUACCCCAUUCCCCCUCUGAGUAUAUUUCAAUAUGAGCUUUUCUUAACAAACUAGAUUUGAGGUAUUUCUCCUUGGUGAGCUACCAGUGCAUUCACCCGGAGAAGUUGUGUUGGCACCAGCUGUGCCCUUGCCUAGGCAAACCCAAGGCAAAAAUGAAAGACCCUCAACCAGUGGUGGGUGGGCAGCAUGUAGCCUACAAGUGGUCCUUGACUAAGAUGAGAAGGAUGACCUUUUCCCUUCCAUGCAUUUGGUAAGCUACUUUUGGUCAUUUGCCUGGACACUGUUCGUUUUGUAAGAUAAGAGGGCCAAAGUCAAUCUUUUUCAGUAUCUGUAUGGCCUAGCUUGAUGUUGCUUUCGGGUAUCUGCAAAAAAUAUUAUGCUUGGGCAGGCAGGUACCCAAAAGACCACUCUUCUUCUCUAGCAGAACAGGGUUGCAGCUAUACAUCUGCAAUGGAAAGGGCUGAAAAGUGCCAUUAGUACAGCAUAAGGAAAGCAAGAAGCCCAUAAGACUAGAACCCAGAGGAGAAGGCAAUCAAACCCUUCCUAAUAACUGCAGAAAUUGUUGGCCAAGCACACAGAGAGGGGAUGCUUCCGGAGGUGCCACUAUCAAGAGACAUACAAGACCUAAAGACAAUUUUGUUCAGUCAUUGACAUUGUCCUAAGAAUGUUACAUAUUUCCUUUCAUUGAGGUGGGAUGGGGGAAAUGGCUUUUUGAUAACUGGCACUCUUGCUCCUCCUGCUGUCCCUGGCAUGUCUUGAACAUUUUUAUAGAAGGCAUGGCUUUUUAUGCAAUGUAUAUGAAUGCUGCUUACUCAACCUGCUGCAAAAUAGGUGGGUGUUGUUUUUCUUUAAAAGAUUAUAUUGCUAUGGGGCAUUAAGAAAAGGAGAAAAUCCUAUGAAGCUCAGAUUGUGAGAAGAAACUGAGCCACUUGGUCUGUAGCAGAGCAGAAGCCUUAGACAGGAGGCAGCAAAGGCCCCAACUUAAGUUAUGCAGAUGACUGCUGGCAGUGCCUUUGUUUAGUAUGUUGUGUUGCCUGCAUCUGUAUGCGUGUUACUUUUUUUCUCUUUAAUGGUCAAUUGUAAACAUGUACAAUCUGUAUAGAAUGGAAUUAGUGAACAAAAGCUUAUGUGGUAAAUACAUUUUUGCAACGCUGUAAUUUAUUUUUACUACUGUUUCAACCCUAUGACCUUAUUUUGAGGAAGUCACCUUCCAGCUUUUUUGAAGCACCUGACCAAUGUGUUCAUGCGAUACAAACUGUGUAAGAAGUUAUUAAAAAUAAAAAUAAUAAUAGAAAAGUUAUUUCAAGAA